AAUGGGAUCAGUAAAACAGAAGUAAACUUAAGAAGACUGCUUGCAGCUGCUCCUCAGCAGCUAAACCAGGCGAAACUUGUACAUUAUGUUGCUACUUUGCGAGAACAAUUGGAACAGUUGGCUGAAGAGAGGACACAGGAAGGCUUACCGAGAAUUGUGCGUCGGUCGCGGACAAGAAUCCCGAUUGAGCAUCGAUUCAGGCAAUUCAAGCUGCGAUUCUGGAACAAACCCGAUACACCCUGCGAUUUGUAUCUUUCAGAUGCAAAACUGCAUCGAAUCGCGAAUCAUGCUAUUCUAACUAGCAUGAUCUUGACAGAAAUACUUGAUUCUACCGAGAAGGCCAUUGAGCAUAGUUUGGCGCGGCGAGCAACAGCAAUAUACUCGGAGAGUUCCAAGACUUCUUGCUUAACGUGGCUUGUGAUGUUUGUGAUGACAUGUGUAUUUGUCAUGGUUAUUCUUCUAAUCCGUGUCACAUAG